AUGCGGGAGCGGAGGCCGCCGGCGGCAGCACCGGCUCGGUGCAAGCUGGUGCUGGUGGGCGACGUACAGUGCGGCAAAACGGCCAUGCUGCAGGUGCUGGCUAAGGACUGCUACCCCGAGACGUACGUGCCCACCGUGUUCGAGAACUACACGGCGUGCCUGGUCAGCGAGGAGCAGCGGGUGGAGCUGAGCCUCUGGGACACCUCCGGUUCCCCCUACUAUGACAACGUGCGUCCCCUCUGCUACAGCGACUCGGACGCCGUCCUGCUCUGCUUCGACAUCAGCCGCCCCGAAACCCUGGACAGCGCAUCCAAGAAGUGGAAGACGGAGAUCCUGGAUUACUGCCCCACCACGCGGGUGCUGCUCAUCGGCUGCAAGACAGACCUGCGGACGGACCUGAGCACGCUGAUGGAGCUCUCCCAUCAGAAGCAGGCACCCAUCUCCUACGAGCAGGGCUGUGCCAUGGCCAGGCAGCUGGGAGCCGAGAGCUACCUGGAGUGCUCGGCCUUCACCUCGGAGAAGAGCGUCCACAGCAUCUUCCGGACCGUGUCCGGCAUCUGCCUCAGCAAAGCCCCCCCGCAGCCCCCCAAAAGCCCCGCGCGCAGCCUCUCCAAGAGACUCCUGCACCUGCCCAGCCGCUCCGAGCUCAUCUCCUCCGCCUUCAAGAAGGAGAAGGCAAAAAGCUGCUCCGUCAUGUGA